AUGGUUCAGAUUCCCUCUUUUGCUCUCUUGUACUCCCUCAGCGCCCUGGCCGGCGUUCGAGCGGCCUGCAUUGGCCCACCUGUGAACCAAGCUACCCUGAGCCUCGUCGAGGAAUUUGAGGGGUUCCGGGCAGAUGUUUACAUCGACGCCACUGGCAACCCCACUGUAGGCUAUGGACAUCUCUGCAAGCAGUCGGGCUGCUCCGAGAUUCCCUAUCCCAUCCCCCUGUCUGAGGCCGACGGACAGAAACUCCUGCAAGAUGAUAUCAAAGUCGCUCAGCAGUGCAUCACCCUCGACACCACCUCCGCGGUCGUCCUCAACGCGAACCAGUACGGAGCCCUGGUCAGCUGGGCCUUCAAUGUCGGCUGCGGUGCCUCUGGAGAUUCUACUCUCAUCCGCCGCCUCAACGACGGAGAGGAUGCCAACACCGUCACCAGCGAGGAGCUGCCCAAGUGGAACAAGGGCAAUGGCCAGCCUAUUGCAGGUCUUACCCGACGCCGAGCCGCUGAAGUUGACCUCUUCAAGACGCCUACCGAUGUCGGUGCUCUACCCGUUGGAUGCUAA